GUGCUCGAGUGUACUGCUGGUGUCAUUCCACUCUGUGCUGGUAGGGGGCGGUGUGGACCACCGUGCUUGUACAGUAACAUGGCGGUCUGAUGAAAGCGGAAUGUGAGUUUCAGCAGCCUGAAGCACUGAAAACAACGCGGAUCAUUAUUAUAUUUCGCCGUCCCCGACAGAAGAACGCCCGGAUUUAUUUGCCUGCUAUGUAUCUGCUGCCCAGUUGAUCUUCUACAGUGUUAUUCCCGGUGGCACAGUUUGGGUCUCGAUCCUGUGUAGUCGGAUUCGAGCUUCCAGGGUGUUGUAUGAAGCUUUGCAGCCUUCGCCACUUGGGGGGAAGUUAAGUCCCUUUGCAAGCAGCAGAUCCAGAGUGAGAAGGACUUUGUUCCCCACAUGAGGAGGGAUCUGAGAAGAGGGCCACAGCACAUGAAACCCAGAGCUGAUGGAUUCCAUUGACUCUGGACAAGGUGAAGGGAACCCAUCAGAGCAGCACUGGGAUUUAACGCCCAGCUCAAAAGGACGACAGCGGAAAAAAAAUGUCAAAUACCUUGACUUUGAAACUGAUGACGAGGUUGUGAAUAGUGUCCAGCAAAAACAAUGUAGAAAGGGCUCUAGAAGUGGAGCAGCAGUUGCCAAAAAGACUCCGACAAAGAGUCGAAAAGCUAAAAAUGCUACACAACAGACUGGAGACGGGGAUGAAGAAGCAGCUGACAAAACACCUCAAGGGUCUGACGGAAAAACCUCAGUAAAAACUCCUAAAACACCGAGAGCCAAGAAGACCCUUUCAAAAAGGACUCCUGUCACAAAAGCUCCUGCCACUGAUGGAGGCCUCCCAACUGCAGAGGCUGUACUUGUAGAUCCUGUGCAUAAGGAAAAUGGGACACCAAAGCCAAAGAGAAAGUAUGUGAGGAAACAAGCUGUACAGAAAGCGACAGCGGUUACAGAGCCACCAUGUGAGCAGGAUCAGAGGGAACCUCCGACUCAACCUGAGGAGCAGACUGAGCCUGGUGGCCGCUGUCGGAGGAGUGCGGCUAGAGCGGCAUUGAAGUACCUCCACAUUUUGGCGAAAGAUGUGUUCAACCAUUCCAAUGAAGAGUCAGACUCCCAGUUAGGUGCCACCAGUGAAGCCAUCGACACAGAACGGAAAGGUCCCCAAGGAAGCAAAGUGCGUAAAGGCCGCAAGAGGAAGCGUCCUGACUCGGAAGAUGAAGAUGAAGAGUUUGUACCAGAUGUUAAAAAAGAAGAAGAAGAAGUUGAGGAGAUGGAAGAUGAAGAAGAGGCCGAGGACUCAGACCUGGACUCUAACUUGGGGACAAGUGGAAGAACUCCACCUUUUUUUCAUGCCAACAAGAGUAAUACUUUCUCUAAUGCCAAAACCGCCAACGGACUCUUGAAGAAUACCAUGAAAGUUGUUUGGGAUUUCACUGAGACGACCAAGAAAUUCCGAGAAGAGCACUACAGCAGCUGGGUGUUUCCGGAGUGGAUCCCCUCCAGCAGUGUCUGGAACCUUGUACCAGAAAGGGAUUUGGACAAAUACCUGCCCCAGGAGCUUUUUUCAGCUGCCUUCAGAGUGUCUAGGGAAGGCCUCAAGAAGGAGGACCAGCCUCUGCAAAGACUCAGCAGGUUUGGAGCACUGCCUGCGCACCCAGACCGCUGGGACAUGUUACUGUAUGCAGGCGGACCAGUCUGGGCCAUGGAGUGGUGUCCAACACCUGGUGCUGCUCCAGCAACACAGUACAUUGCUCUGGCCUGCCACCGAGGGAUGGACGACGAGCACUAUGUCAAUAAGACGUACACCGGGGCGGGGCUCGUUCAGCUGUGGGACGUGGGCCAACUGGAGUACAACAGCAGACCGGACUCCCAGCCAUCCCUGGCCUAUGGCUUGGCUCAGGACAAAGGCUUCAUCUGGCACUUAAAGUGGUGUCCUGCAGGAGGCUGGGAGCUUCCCAGCUGUGGCAGAGAGUCUCCUUUCCUGCCCAGACUGGGUCUUCUGGCAGUGGCCACCUCCACCAGUGUAGUCACCAUUUAUAGCCUUCCCCACCCUGAUGCUCUGCACUCCAGCAUGAAGCUCCAUCACUCUGGAAACACCAGCCAGCAGUUGCCAAUAUACCAGGCAAAAGAAGUUGUAACGCUGAAGCUGGGCUCCUUCAAAGCCCCUCGCCAUGAAAAAAGUGGACAAGUUCUGUCUAUGGAUUGGCUGCCAGUAAAACCACACAGUGUAAUGGCUGUUGGAUUUAAUGAUGGUGUAGUAGGUCUGUGGGAUCUGACCACGAAGUCUGCACUGUUGCAAGUACGAGAGUCUGAUGGGUCCCUGAGCCUGCUGCCCUACCGAUGCCUCCUAGCUCACGACCAUGCUGUCCGAGCCCUGGCCUUCUGUCCUGCCUCCAGGUACCUGUUGGUGACAGCAGGAGAAGACCGCUAUGUAAAGACAUGGGAUCUCAGGAGGCUCUAUGAUCCCAUCACUAUUCAGAAACGUGGUCUGACCAAUGAAAUCUGUUGGCCACUGAAUGCACCUGGGCUCCUGUGGGCCCAGGAGACCUGCUACGCAACGGCAGGCACACAGGGAGUCCAUUACUUUGACCACCUCAUGCGUGCCAUCUUCGCAGUUCCUAGGACUGGCACACUGUGGUCCAUAUCUUACACUGAUUGGUUGAACAGUGUGGUCACAUCAGACACCGUUGGAGAGGUGAUCUUCGCCCUGUUACCUCAGAUAAAAUACGGCUAUCCAUGCAUCAAACGCACAAUAGAGAGGCGCUUUCCUGUCUACUUGACAUCUCUGGUGCCUUAUGAUACAACUGAAGAGGAAAAUCAAGAGGUAGGAGGAGUGGAGGAAGAGGAGGAUGCUGUUGAAGAGCAGGAAGAGGGCAAGACAGAAGAAGCAGAUGCAGGAUCUGAUGGGAAUGAGAAUGAUAGUGAAAACAGGAGAGGAGGAGGAAGAUGUAGAAAGGAUAAAACACCCCCUCUGUAUGUCCAGAAGUACAAAGAGUCUGUGAAGAAGUACUCUCUCCACCUUAUAGACAACAAUAUGUGUACCUUUGCAGGAAGUGAGAAGCGAGCUUCAUGGAAACACAUGAAAAGCACAGAACUGAAGAUGAAGAUGAACAUGGAUGAAAUGCCUUUGGCUGCACUACACAAGGUGCGUUUCAACCCAAACAUGAACUGCCAUACGUGGGUGGCUUCUGGAGGCCAGGCAGGGCUGGUCAGACUUAACUGUCUGAGAGGUAUGAUCAGCCCUCAGGCCAAGAACUUGAUAAGUAAGAACCAGGAUCAGUUCAGUGGUCUGGACUCACCACAAGACCAGGGGGAGGCUGUCCAAACUGAGGUGGAUCAGCUAUAGCAAGAGCUCAAUGCCACCACAGAAUCAGAAGGUGGAUCGCACUGUGUGUACGACUGCACACCAGCAAAAAAGUAUUUUAUGAGUGACAAUAACUUUUUCAAGUGCACCUACAGUAUGUUGUACCAUACACAUUUGCUGUUUAUCAGCUGGUUUUUAUCCUGUUUCAGGUGGCCAGUAGCCAGGAAUGGUUUAAAACUAAACAUCAAUUCUCAUGUACUCAUAUUCGUUGGAUAAGUUCUGUUCUUCUAGCUGAAAUAAUAUUCAUGUUUUGAGGAACCAGAAGUAAUCGUCCUCCUUUAACCACCUCCGCUGUCUAAAACCAUUUGAACUCACAGUCACAAGCUCAACAGAGAACUGAGCAGCAGGGAUAGAUUUCCCAACAAAUGUCACAGGUUUAAUAUUUCAGUUCUCUCUGUCGUUAUAAUAAAACUUGAAACCCAAAGCAGUUUGCACCUACUGUAGAAGUUUUUGAUUCCAAGUAGGUCACUCCUGGUUUUUGUGGUCACUCCUGGUUUUACUCAAUGAUUUUGCAUACAAGUUGCAAAUGGUAAACAUGGCAGUGCAGCAUGUUAGAAAUGCAAAUUGCCAGCUUAUAAAAUCAGCUUUUGUCAGGAAAAGCAAAUAAUAGCUGGCUGCAGUUUAAGUGAUGAUGUUCAAUUCAUAAAUCGUUGUACAUUAAAAAGAGGUUUUGGACAUUGCCGUUCUCCCAUCAGACAGUGGUGUUCUUGUAAGCCUAAAGAAAAUCACCUUAAAACCUUGUUAAGUUUUCAUACAUUGUAUCUGCAAACAUGAAAUGUUGUAUUCAUGACAUUCCAGUGCUGUUUGUCAACAUCUGUGUGUUCUCGUUAGGGAAAGUGCGCAGCAACAGGAACGUUGACAUCGUUUGUUAACUCGUCUUA